CAUCUGAAAAUGAUGUUGCCAAAACGUCUCAUCGUUGGCUUGAUAAGCCUUUGUCUUAUGAUCAGAUGCACUGGUGGUACUGAGAGAAGUGGGGCCUCCAUUAGAGGGGCGUGUCCUCCUGCUUGGAGCCAGUGGGGUAACAAAUGCUACCAAAAACACAGCGAAAAUCUACCAUGGGCUGAGGCAAACCAGGAGUGCAUCAAGAUGGGAAGUGUCUUGGUCAUGCCACAGUCUCAGGAGGAAACUGAGUUCCUUCUGAAGAACCUGGCCCCCUUCUUUCGGAUCAACUGUAAUGAUCUUCAAGUUGAAGGUACAUGGGUGUGUCAAGAUGGCACUACUGAUGUGGAGUACAGAAACUGGAGGCUGGAGACCGGUGAACCUAAUAAUGGCGCGGGAGGAGAGGAUUGUGCAGUGACAGACAAAACUGGUUGGAAUGAUGUAUCAUGUACAUGGGUGCGUCAAGAUGGCACUACUGAUGUGGAGUUCAGAAACUGGAGGAAGGAGCCUGCUGAACCUAAUAAUUUCGGGGAGGAGAAGAUUGUGUAG